AUGAAUAUAUGGAAAAAGAGGAACGAAAAGUGGAAAAUUCAACGUGACCUGUUAGGAUUAACAAAAAAAUUGUUUAAAGACUAUCAUCAAACGUAUCGUAACAACCCUUUAUCACAACCUUCAUCACGAAAUAGUCAAAGAAACAUUUGUGAUUUCAAUUAUACAAAUCCAUUUAAUAGUUUUCGUAAUUUUAAAUUAUCAAAAGAUUUUCUUUACAUUUUAUUCUCUUCUUCUAAUUUUUUACAUAGUGGUCCUUUUUUUACGCAUCUAGAAGCGAAUGUCGAUAUUACUUAUAAUUCUCCUUCAUCUACAGAUGUUUGUUUAUUUUAUAAUGUAUAG